UCCAACUCUCUUCCUCUCUCUCUUUAAUCAGUUCACAAAAAGGCAAUUUCUUUCUCAAAUUUCUUUCUCAAAUUUCUUCAUCUCCAUCACACAAUCUGCAUCCAGCUGUAAAUCUCAUCACAAUCUGAGAAGCAAAUCCGGCAAAAAAUUGAAAAAACUAUGGAAAUUCCAGAGAUAAACAUGUUGUGCGAUUUCGAAGCAGGAAUCAAAUGCCUGCAAAAUCCUUCAACAAUCUCCCGUUUCUUCUCGUUUCCAGGCUUCUGGAAAUACGGCGCUUUGAUUUUCGCAAUUUUCGCUACUUUCAGCAGUUUAAUUAGACGAAUUAAGCUGAUUUUCAUCCGUUUCCACACUGUUAAACCCUGUUUUAUCCAAACCGAAGACGAAUUCGAUUUCAGCGACGACGAAGACGACGCCGUAUCGGUCGCGUCUUCGGAUGACGAACAGGAAGCGGAGGAGGAUCGAGAUCGACGCCGCGACGGUGAAGAUUUCUGCGUGCGGGGCUCGAUUCUCAGCUUCCGAAGCGGUCAAUUGCGGCAGCGCAAUCGCCGGAGCAGCUGCGGCGGCGGCGCGUGGUCGGAGAUCGCCUCCGGUAAAAACGUCGUCAAGCUCUGGGAUAGCUUGGGGUUUAAUCUAGAUCUCGACGAGGAUCUGUUCAAUUACGAUUCGAGUAGCGUAGUCUCGACCUGGAAUCGCGAUCGCGAGGAGAGAUCUGGCGAUUUCUCCGGCGAGAUUUGGCCGGCGCCGGCGGUGGUGCUGACGGCGGAGGGGAACGCGAAGGGCGACGGCGUGAUUUUAGGCGGAUACGAUCGGAGGAUGAGGAGCGGAGUGCCGGCGCUGGUGGCGGAGUGGAAGCUGAGCGGCGGCGGAGGAUUGGCUAGCGGCGGCGGAGUUAGCAAGGUGUAUGUGAGGGAUGACGUCAGCGGGGUGGUGACGGUUGGCGAUGUGAGGAAUGUUAGGAGGCCGUUAGAGUGUGUGAGAGAGUCUGACGGCGAGACGUGGUGGGACGCUGACGCCGUUAUCGUGGAGAAUGAGUGAAGAACCGGGUUUUCGAGUUAGACCGGGUUUUCCUGAGGUGACGCGGCCGAUUUAAUGGAAGUGGGCGAAUUGAUGCCCCAAGAUUUAAUUUUGGAAGAAAUGAUGGAAAGCUUUGGUCUCUGUAAAUAAUUAUUUCAAUAAAAAUUUGCUCGAUUAUUUAUUAUUUAA